AUGAUGAUGAUGAUGGAUAGUGCUGCUGAUGCUGAUGCUGCUGCUGCUGCUGCUGCUGCUGCUGCUGCUGCUUUUCAAACUUGUGAUGAUAUUAAAAGUGAUGGUAUGAGUCAAGGAGGAGGAGGAGGAGGAGGAGGAGGGGGAGAAGGAAAAAGAAGAAAAAGAAGAGGAGAUUAUGAAAACCUGCAAGAUGAUGAUGUAAGUGUAUGUACAUACGUAUGUGCUAACCACAACAACAACAACAGCAACUGCAACCGCAACAACAACAACAGCAACAGGAACCGCCACAGUAACAGCAACUGCAAACGCAACAACAACAACAGGAACCGCAACAGCAACAGCAACUGCAACUGCAAACGCAACAGGAACCGCAACACCAACAGCAGCAAAAUGUAUAUCAAGUACAUUAUAGAUAUGGAUGGGUUCAACGUGAACAAAGAGUUUCUUCCCAAAGAAUUGGCUAUACUAGACACGGAUACUGAACGUACGUAUUUACAUUAUUUUAAAGUGGGUUCGUUCAGAUCCCUGUCUGAUAAAGAUCGCCGAACGGCGGUAUGGUUAAGGAAUCACCUGCAUGGAUUAGAUUUCAAAGAUUACAAAGAUGAUUUGGAAUCUAAUGAAAUUUUUUCUAUAUUGGAGGACCUUUGCCGUACCGCCGAGUCUGUGAAUGGGAAGAUAGCUUACAAAGGUGGUACUUGUGAAAAAGCUUAUUUAAAUAAAAUAAAUUAUGGACAUCUAAGUUUUAAUAUUGAGGAACUUGGAUGUCCAAAAUUAGAUAUAUUAAUUAAAAGUUAUGAUCACAGUGCCACCGUAGCUACUGAUCAAAAUUGUUCACGGCACAACCAAUUGAUUAGAACUAAAUCACCUCCCCACUGCCCACAAAUGGAGGUGAAAUAUUUCUACGAAUUUCUUAAAAGGAAUAAUUGGUUGUGCAAAGGAAAAGAAUACUCAUGAUGGUGUAAAGAUCUAUGGUGGGGGAGAAAACAAAAGUUCAACGAAUUCAAUAAAUACAUGAUGCUUUAUUGAUUUUUUUCUCAGUAUGUUUUUGAUGUAUCCUACUACUACUACUACUACUACAACUACUACUGAUAGAAGAAAAGAAUUGAUAUUUAAAAGUGAAAUACAUUUGGGAAAAUUGAGAAAACUUCAACAAGACAUUAAUUUAUAUGUACUGAAACGUGAGUUGUUGAUGAAAUUAAGAAACUUAAAAUUAUAAAUUUGUAUGAUGAACCAAGCAAGCAUGGAAACAGUGAGUGAAACGAUUCGCAAAAUAGAACAACUAUUAACGGAGAAAGAAAAAUCAUUGUGUUACUGUAUUAAAAAUAAACUGCUUUAUAUUAAAAAACAACUGGAACAUUGUUAUGAUGAUGGGGAGUCAUCGGAGCAACAGCAUCAACAGAAAUUUCACUUUACUGGAUGUUGCUGGUCCACUCCAGACGCCAUCGACGGUCCCGACACAUGCAAUUGUUUUCACAUAAGGAUAUGUAUUCAAAAAGCCAAUGAUCUGAUCGAUCAAUAUAAAUAACUAUAACGAAGUAGUAGGACAAGAAAUAAACGUAUCAUUUUAAUAUCGAGGUCAACUUGUUCUAUAUAUAUCGUGUCUCGAUUAUUGCUCUUAAUAA